UUGCAACGUUGGUCCAACUUGACGCUGCAAAGCUACUCCGGAUCAGACAUUAUUUAUGUCCAGAUGGAUCGGACUAACGCCUUUCGAUUGAGACGUUAAGUGCUUAGAUGCGAUUUUCAUUUCACUUUCCUUUCUCAGGGCCCCAGAAAAGAUAUAAAUGUGGCCUGGGCUAUCUACCCGGUAGACCCAUUCCCCAUCCCUUUUCCCCCCCUCCCAACUCACUGCCUCGUCCGAUAUGGAACCACAAACUUUUGUUCAGCCCUCGACAAUGUCCUCGCUGACAGAGUGGUCCUACCGGCAUAUCAGCGACGUAUUCGAGGCACCCACCCUCGAAGAGUCGCUGCGCGCGAUCUCAAAUACAUUUGCACCCAACGUCGAAGCUACUCUUAAUGGGUCGAGGCUGGGGUACGAGGGAAUUAUCCAACUUGUCACCGCAAUGCGUGGAGGAUCCAAGAAGGGCCUGCAAGUCCACUGGAAACAGGCACUAGAUGUACCGAGAGAGCCAACUAAUCGUAAUGGCUGCUUCGGUGGCGCCUAUGUUAUAAGCGGAAUACAAAAAUCCCAACCGGGGACAUCUCGCCUUUCAGAAUUCGAAAGGCAUAAAACGGUGACCGUCAUAAUCGAAUCCCAAUCGUCGGAUCCAUAUGUGGAUAGUCGGCGCAUUGUCAACCUGGUCUUUGUCGCUACAGACCGGCCAGUUGACCGGGCUUGCCUAUAGCAUUAAAGCAGGCAUACUGCACCAUUAGUACUACCGUACAUAAUACCUUAAUCAUCUUAAUCAGUCGUAGAAUAUGAACCCGCUAUAGUUUCCACCACAUAGACCCUAAACGUUGUCCAUGCAAUGAAAAUAACACCAUUUGGCUAGGAUAGAGACUCGGAUCCGGGCACACAAGAGCACAGCCAAUAUCGAGUGACUCAAUCUACACCAUACCGUAACGAGAUAG